UGUGGGGCGUGGUCUGCGGAGGGGCGUGGCUAUAAGGGCGCGUUUGGGGCCCGCGGGAUGCAGCGGGCGGUGGGCGCUUUGCCGUUGGCCCCCGCGCUGCGGGCCCGGCUCGCCGCCGCUGGCUUCCAGACGGCGCAGGAGCUGCUGGACACCGGCCCCUGCGGGCUGAGCAAAGAAAUUGGGAUCUCCAAAGAAGAGGCACUGGAAGCAUUACAGAUUGUGAGGCAGGAAUGUCACGGGGAUGCAGCAAGGACGGCCGCGGGAUCAGGCGCCACCAGAAAGUGCACAGCACUGGAACUUCUGGAAGAGGAACAAGCCCAGGGCUUCAUCAUCACCUUCUGCUCAGCACUGGACAAUAUCCUGGGAGGGGGUGUCCAACUGACUAAAAUCACUGAGAUCUGUGGAGCGCCCGGUGUUGGGAAGACGCAGCUAUGUAUGCAGUUGGCAGUAGACGUACAGAUCCCAGAAUGCUUUGGGGGCGUAGCUGGAGAAGCCGUGUUCAUCGAUACUGAAGGAAGUUUUAUGGUAGACAGAGUGGUGGAGAUCGCAGCUGCCUGUGUGCGGCAUUGCCAGCUCAUUGCCGAAGCUCAGCAAGAAGAAGGUCAUCUAAAGGCUUUGGAGACCUUCUCUCUUGAAAGUAUCCUUUCUCACAUCUAUUACUUCCGUUGCCGUGACUACAUAGAGCUUCUCGCACAGGUCUACCUCCUCCCAGAGUUUCUUUCAGAGCAUUCAAAGGUCCGACUGGUGGUAAUUGAUGGAAUUGCAUUUCCUUUUCGCCAUGACUUUGAGGACCUCUCACUCCGGACGAGGCUUUUGAACGGUCUGGCGCAGCAGCUGAUCAUCAUAGCAAAUGACCAUAAAUCAGCGGUAGUUCUGACAAACCAAAUGACAACAAGGAUCGGACAAAGCCAGUCCACGUUGGUGCCUGCUUUAGGAGAGAGCUGGGGACACGCUGCUACCAUCCGCUUGAUCUUUCACUGGGACAACAGUCAGAGGUUGGCAACGUUGUACAAGUCACCGAGUCAGAAGGAGUCAACCGUACCAUAUCGCAUUACAUCCCACGGCUUCCGAGACGUGCAGCCUCCAGCUGUCCCUCCGAAGGCAGAAGAGACUGAAAUGAACCCGCGCAAACGGGCACGGCAAGAAGAGGAGCAGUAGCACCGGUUCAGAAGUGGAUGUUCAAAAAAUGUGUGCUACAUGAGAACAGUCCUGUAGUGAACGUGCAACCAAAGGUAGACUGAGAGACUCUAUAUGAAGUUCCUGCUCGGGACAUAAUUUUAAUAUUAAGACUGCAAUAUGCAGGAAAUUCCUUUGUGUGUGGCAUAGUUUUACUUUUGUAAUAAAAAAAUCUAUGUUUUCUAAAAGAAGAGAGCUCAGAAUUUCAGGAAGAACGCAACUGCUGCUUUUGCUCUGGGUAAAAAAACAGCAAAAUGUGAGCAUCUCAUACAGCACAUUUAGUGACACGGGCCUUGAUCGCUCCUCUGGUUCUGUGUGUACCUGAAUGUUAACGAGGAGCAGCUUGCUCACAUGCCUCAGAGCAGGGCAGAAGGCAGCAGAGCUGCUGAGCGGUGCUUUAAGAUAAAUACAGGCUUAAAUUCUACCCCAGAUUGGGGCAUUACCCCUUACCUGCUGCAAAGUCCUUGGUCAAGGACAAUGAAAGCACUGUUUUGAACUUCUCAUUUAUCUUAAAAUGGCAACAAUAGAGAAGAAAGACCAGAUCUGAAAGACAAAGGAUUUAAUCCAGCAUGGUAAUUUUAUGUUCCUGUCUUAUUAAGAGUAUUUUACCGUCGUUCAAGCUUGAACCAAAUGCUGCAUAGCCUGUAGCUUCCAUGUUCUUUCACCAAAGCACUUAGAAUGAGCUUUUGUAAUUGGGAUCUGUUUUGUUUGUGGCUUUAAUAGAGAGGAAGCCCAGGCUUCUUACACCCCAGCAAUGUAUUAGCUGCUCCAGAAUCUAACCCAAAUGAAAGAAUGGGUGUACACUGAAAAUACAGCAGCGUUUUGUCGUCUUUUUAUUAAGAGAAAACAAAUCGAUAAGAUAAUUAGAGGAGAAGAAAGGUACUGCAGUGCAAAAUAGUAAUUACUUCAAUUAUCAGAAGUGUUUGUCUGUACACAUGCACACGCAUGACCCUUUUCUGGCAUGGUGCUCGAUAACGUUUUAGCUGAGGAACUCAGCCAGCGAGGCUCAAUGGAGAAUUCGAGUUGUGGGAGUCACUAUCUUUCAUUUUUAAUUUAGCAACACUAGUCUGGCUUUGCCUUGUGACAGAAUUCAGUGCUGAAUCCGAGUCACAAAACAUCUCUAGUCAAGAAGCCGCAAAAAAACGUGGCAGUGGUUUUUGGAUCAUUAUGGUGUUUACGUACAGGUUACAUAAUGAAAUAUUAAAAGGGAAAGCAUUCAAUUUGCUGUGCAGCAAACUGGGCUGCGUUGAGAUUUUCAAACUGUGAGUCAGGGUGAAGCUCUCGAGCAAGCGUGACAAGAGGGGAGGAACAGCGGCGGGAUUUGUGACUCAGACAAACAUUUUAAUGCAGGAGACACAGGCAAACAAAAGGAUCCUACCGCAUGUGAUGUCAGCAAGCAAAUGCUCCGUUUGGGAAUAAUAGCUUCCUACGUAUUGCAGUGCAAGAGAAGGGGGGAGCGAGUGCAGCCGGCAUGCCUACGCAGCCAUAAGGAAAACCAUCCAUUAAGAGUGUUGUAGCGGUAUUUUAAGACGCCCUGCUGGUUACGAGUGAUAGCUGCUACCUAACGUGUUUGAUAUUCAUGGAAAAGUACGCUUCUCUCAAUUCAUUGUGUUCUGAUUUAAUACCCUCGCCACGUUCUCCCAUGUGUGAGGGGAGUGAGGACGUGUCUAAUACACCAUUAAUUUCAGCUGACUGUGAGGUUUUAUUUUGUUUGUAGCAGCAGCUCCAGCUGAGAUGCUGAUCCUGUCAUACCAAGAUAAAUUGUUUUGUCUAAGUAGAUGUUAGAUCUUCCAGUAUUGCAGGCAUCAUUAUCAAAAUAAAACAAUUGUGUAGUUAUUGGUUAACAGUGGGAGUUACACAACAUCCAAAGGGAGCAAGCAUCGCAGCCUCUCUAAGCUGAGAAUUUUAAUAUAUUUUUUUUUUUCCACAUCGAAGCUAUUACAAAAAUCAGCUCUGCAGACCAGAACUGGAGAGAGGGAUCUGUUGGCGGAGACAAAAUUAGAUGAAAUGAGCCAGAUUUCGUUCAUCUGCUGGAGACAAGGAAGCUGUUCCAGGCUUAGAAUUGCAUAUAAAGAAAGAAUUUGACCAUUGCCUCACCAAUAAAUCUUCUGAGGCGAGCUGAUAUUUGCUUACAUGUGCCUGGAAUUCUCUUGCAUUUCACAGCAUCAGCACACAGCAGUGAGGGCCACAUUACGACUGUACAGACAGAAAGGUUCUAACUUGCCAGCGUCAUGGAGCUGAAUCAAAAAAAAAAAACAGGUUGGUUGAUUUGCUGCUUAAGUCUCCGUUUUCUGAAAGCCAAGAGCUUUAAUGAUCAUGCAGAGUUCAGAAUUAUUGCAUUUUGUAGGGAUAACAUUUACUUACAGUGUAGGAACCUACUCUGUCACCGCAACAAGAAUACAGGGCUUGGCAACAGGAAAACACUGUGGUCACACCAUAAUUCUUCUUAAGCCCAGAGUCCUGCUUUGAAACUCUUUAGUUUAGACAGAAUAGAAUAGAACCAUAGAAUAGUUUAGGUUGGAAGGGACCUUAAAGCCCAUCCAGUCCCACCCCCUGCCACGGGCAGAGACACCUCCCACUGGAUCAGGUUGCUCCAAACCCCAUCCAGCCUGUCCUUGAACCCCUCCAGGGAUGGGGAAAAGAACAGUUUAUUUCUUCCUGACUUUGUGUUAUGCACCUUUAGCAUUAUGAAACCGUGUGAAACCCACGAGCUUCCAACUAGAAUAAAUUGAAGAAAGGACAGAGAAGUAGCUGAGCUGAAGGUAAGAACGUACAGCCAAGGUUCAAGUUGCACUCUUGUAUCAAAGUCAAUUACAAACUGGUUGACUAAUGCGGAAGGAGACUCAGCUGCUAACGUGAAUGUUGAACAGAGUGCUGAGAUAAAAACAUUUAAAAUAUGACAUCUAUUCUUCUGUUGCAUUUCAGUUACCAUUCCUUUAGCUGUUUUGGGAAGAUUAAACUUAGGGUCAGCUUUAUUCCAAAGCAUUUCAUGGAUUAACAGCAAAGGUAAAAUCCUAACUGCCUGCGUUUUAACACCACCCUUUUUCUGACCAAACGAUGACAGGUAAGUGGGAAGGACAAGUCAUUGUGCUGCAGCUUCCCAGAAGAGAUGGGCUUUACUGUGCUUAGGACCAUAAUUGCCUGAUCUAGUGGGACAUGUCCCUGCCUAUAGCCGAAGGGUUGGAACUAGAUGAUGUUUAAGAUCCUUCCAACCCAAAGUAUUCUAUGAUUGUUUGGAAAAGCACAUGAAGCUGUAUUAUACUAUUUUAACAGAUGCUAAUUCGACAUGAAGUAUAUUUGAUUAAGUUAUGAAGUAUGGUCUGGUGCUUUCUUGUUCUAAGACAGAGCACCUCAGGGAAAUCGAAUGGAGUGCUCACAGGGCAGGAACUCAAGUCCUGCAGCACAGCACAUAUGGAAAACAAUACUUCUUUUUACAGGGUGAGACCUGGGGAACGUAACCAGCCAUCACCAACCGGUUCAAGCACCGCGGCCCUGCUGAGAGGAGCCGGGCUGCCGGAGCUGGCAGGGUCGGAGGCUGCUGAGCAGCCUGCCCGGUCCUCCUCCGCACCAGUCCUCCCCUCGGCUCCAGGAACCAGUGCCAGCUGCGACCUGCUCCUGGGCUUCCCCUCGCCCUGGCUCCCCAGGCUGCGGGCUCAGCAUCUUGUGGCUUUCAGCCAUUGAGUCGUUUUGGAUGAUGAGGAGCAGGAGAGCUGGCUCCCUUGGCUAGCGCGAGACUUCUGCAUUAAUGUUCUGCACUGAAGAAUGAAAUCACCGGGAACUGGAACCCUUCCCAGUUCUGAAUUUCACCCACAAACGCACCCGCUGUUAAACUGUAAGCUACUGUCUUGCUUCCUACAAGCAAGGAACACUCGUACAAUAUGCACUGUCUAUUUAUCAGAGAGUCUAAGCUCUACGGAGCCUUAACUACAUCUACAGGAAUACGAAAAGGUAUUAAAAGCAAUAGUUCAAUCACUAAACAAGCAGUAAAAACGUUAGUUCGUAUGCUGAAAGGAUGCAUAGAAAAAUACGUACUUUACUAAGUCAUUCUUCAAGGAUUAUAGCUAAUACUGUUCAUUUUAUUACAAGAAUUACUUGCCAUUGAUUUAAAUGGAGCCAGAGAAGCAUCAGGAUAUUAAAAGAAAAAAAUAAUCACAUUUCAGUUUCAAUGAGAAGAGGGGACAUUCACAAUACAAAAUAUUUAGUAACGUAUAUAGGGAAGUAAAAAGAAACUCUACACACCUCAAUAAACGGUUCUAACCGGAUCUGGAUGCUUUUCUCAAAGCCUGUUUGAAUACCUGCUCAGAUUGGUAUCUCACAUUGCAUUAUUUUGGAGGUUUAAAUUCAUGGCACACACACUUCUAAUACUCUAUUUAGUGUGAACCACUAUAAUUUUAGCAAUGCAGUUACAACUACGCUUAGUUAGUGGUUCUUUUUGUACUAAAUACAUUGCUAAAAUAAAAUAUUUUGGACUAAAGAGUAAGUUGUCUCCUUAGGAUGAAAAUUACGUCUAUAAAAUAUAGCAUGUCAAUAUGGGAUUGUGACAUAACUUAUAACACCUUUUUUUGCUAUAUAAGCUUACUGUAACUGUUAGCGAAUCAUGGAGUGGUUUGGAACUUCUUGUAGCCCCUUCAGGUACUGGAAGGUCGCUCUAAGGUGUCCUUGGAGCCUUCUCCAGGC